UUAGUGUUUUUUGUAUUGAAUGAGUCUUAUAUAUAAAUCAAUGGAUAAUAACAAAUAUAUCUAAAAUGUUUAAAAAAAUGAUAACAGUUAUUUUACUGGUAUACUGCUUAAGAAAUAGAUUGCCAGUUAUGAUAAUAUGAUAUAAAUUUUGAGUACUUUAAUGAGACAAAAACGUAUUUAAUUAUCGAGCGUUAUAUUUUCUUUUAUUACUGUACAUGUAUAACAAAUAAAGUGUGGAGGCAUUAUAUAUAUAUAUAUAUAAUAUACUGUAUAUUGCGUUAUGAGUCUGGAUAUAUAUCAUGAGUUAAAGGAGGGUCAGACGAAGAUUAGUGACCAGUCAGAUAAUGUGAGGAAACUUGAAGUUGUUCUGUUAAACAACCAUAACAAGACGUAUCAUCCCGGACAGUACGUACAGGGUCACGUGAUCGUUGAUGUAAAACAGGCGUUUACAACAAGAGGUAUAAUGAUACAGUUCUGUGGACGAGCUGGUGUUUAUUGGACGGAGAAACAGCGAGGAGCCCAGGAUAAAUGUAUUGGGAUACUAGAACACGAGGCCGACGAAGAGUACUUUAAUAUAAAAAAUUACAUCUUUAAGCCAGGUUUACUCCCAGCCGAUGUGCACGAACUUCCGUUUAAAUUUCAACUGAUUUCAUCACUCCCUGAAAACUACGAAGACAACGUUUGUAAGAUAGAAUACUUCGUUGAAGCCAGACUCAAGCUGGAUAACAACUUCGCCAAUGAUAUAUGGGACAGAAAAGAUUUUCAAAUUUUAGAUCCUAUAGAUCUUAACCAACUUAUUCUUCCGGAUGUGACAUUACCGAUGCAUUCUCAGAAAACGCUCACAUUUUGCUGCUGGUGUUGUACGUCGGCACCACUGGUUGCCUUCCUGCGACUACCACGGUCCGGCUACAGCCCCGGGGAGACCAUUCAUAUACAAGCUGAUAUUGAGAACAACACAAGCCGGUCUGUUAACAAUGUCAAAUUUACAUUAUAUCAGGAAAGAGGUUACCGUACGAAGAAUAAAUUCCACAAACAUCGUGACGUUCUUUGUCAAGUAGAGGACGGCCCUGUCAAAGCCAAAUCAACAAGAGAAUGGCCAGAUAUUCCACUGCAGGUGCCGCGUAUACAAAUAUUUAAUGUUACAGCAAGCAGAAUCUUCGGAAUAAGAUAUAUGCUGGAGAUGGAGGUUAUACCUGGCGGGAUUUCAAGGUCUCAACUUGCAAUACCACUUGAAGUGACCCUAGGUUCGAUACCAUUGACUAGUGUUUCCAUUGCAACCCAACCUCAUUCCAGAAUGCAGCCAAAUAAACAGGAACAAGAAAAACGAGAAAAAGCAAAGGAUAUUGAAAUCCGCAACAAAAAUGGAUCCUGGACUAACUCAGGAACUCAUGAAAACAAUUCAAGACAACGACGAGAAGACCGGAACCGGAAGAAGAUAUAUCCAGACGACAUGAUAGAUACCACUGAUUAUGACGAAACUAUACACUCACGAGACCAUUAAUAUGAAUAUAUUAUCUUAAGAAACUUAACGAUUAAUAUAUUCUGUAAAAGAAAUGGCGGAAAAGUAAAAGUGCCAUAAAUUCAACAAUCGUCACGCAAUUACUUUUUCAUUGACUAUAUGUUACAUGACAAUGGGAAGUAACUUUUACUGAACUUAUCAUUUACGUUUGGCAAAGUUUGUCUCUCUUAGAUCAUUAUCUAGGACGAGAGCUUCUAAAUAAUUCAAUAGAAAGCGACCUCAGUUAAAAUCGACUUUAUUUUGCAUGAAUUGAGAGAACUAUGAUUGAAACAAAUUAAUGAAAAAAUGGGUUUUUUAAGUCAUCAGCCCUUGAAAUUGAAUUUUUACUCUUUCAGGUCAUUUUAGGAGCAGUCAACCUGAAUUUGACUAAAAUUGCCAUAUUAAAAUUGCCGGUAAAACAUCAUUGACAGGCUAUAAUGCAAUAUAUACAGUGUCACAGGAAAUGCUAUACAUACAUAUAUUUAUGUAAUAUAUCAGGAAAUGCUUUACGUACAUAUAUGUAUACAAUGUAUCAGGAAAUGCUAUAUAAGUAUGCGUAUCUUGUAUAAAACAACAGCAACAACGAAACAAUGUUACAUCCAAUACAAAGUCUAAAUUGUACUAACUAAUAUGGUUUAUUAUUUUUUUGUGCA